AUGGCUGGUGACUCCCUCUCCAUCCAAAGCAUGAAUGCAGUGACUUAUGGGGACGUGCAUAUAAACUUCACUCAAGAGGAGUGGACUUUGCUGGAUCCUUCACAGAAGAAGCUCUACAAAGAUGUCAUGUUGGAGACCUACAGAAACCUCAGUGCUAUAGGCUUUAAUUGGGAAGUCCAAAAUAAUGAAGAACAUUGUCAAGAAUCUAGAAGACACAGAAGGCAUGAAAGAAGUCAGAGUGAAGUGAAACCCUCUGAAUAUAGUCAAUGUGCUAAAGCCUUUGCUUUACGUGCUCAUAGUCAUGCUCAAAGGCAUGAAAGGAUUCAUAUACAAAAGAACCCCUAUGAAGUUCUUCAGUGUGUCGAAGACUUUGCACCUUAUACAGAUCUCCAAACACAUAAAAGAACACAAGCUGGACAGAAACCCUAUGAAUGUAAACAAUGUGGUAAGGCUUUUGCACAACACAGUCAUCUUAAAAGGCAUGAAAGAAUUCAUACUGGAAAGAAACCCUAUGAAUGUAGUCAAUGUGGGAAAACAUUUCCACAGCACAAUAAUCUCCUACAGCAUAAAAGAAUACAUAGAAUACAUACUAGAGAGAAACCCUACAAAUGUAAUCAAUGUGAUAAAGCCUUUUCACAACAGAGGAGUCUACAAAAGCAUAAAAGAACUCAUACUGAAGAGAAACCCUACAAAUGUAAUCAAUGUGAUAAAGCCUUUUCACAUCACAGUCGUCUCCAAAUUCAUAAAAGAACACAUACAGGAGAGAAGCCCUACAAAUGUAAUCAAUGUGACAAAGCCUUUCCCCAACAUAAUAAACUCCAAAUACAUAAAAGAAUGCAUACUGGAGAGAAACCCUACAAAUGUAAUCAGUGUGAGAAAGCCUUUUCACAAUAUGGUAACCUCCAGUCCCAUAGAAGAAUUCAUACUGGAGAGAAACCCUACAAAUGUAAUCAAUGUGAUAAAGCCUUUUCACAAAACCUUAGCCUCCAGAUGCAUACAAGAAUUCAUACUGGAGAGAAACCUUACAAAUGUAAUCUAUGUGACAAAGCCUUUUCCGAACAUUAUAAUCUACAAGCUCAUAAAAGAAUACAUACUGGAGAGAAACCUUACAAAUGUAAUCAGUGUGAGAAAGCCUUUUCCCAGCACCAUACCCUUCAGAUGCAUACAAGAAUUCAUACUGGAGAGAAACCUUACAAAUGUAAUCUAUGUGACAAAGCCUUUUCCCAAAAUUAUAAUCUACAAGCUCAUAAAAGAAUACAUACUGGAGAGAAACCUUACAAAUGUAAUCAGUGUGAGAAAGCCUUUUCCCAGCACCAUACCCUCCAGAUGCAUACAAGAAUUCAUACUGGAGAGAAACCUUACAAAUGUAAUCUAUGUGACAAAGCCUUUUCCAAACAAUAUAAUCUACAAAUUCACAAAAGAAUACAUACUGGAGAGAAACCUUACAAAUGUAAUCAGUGUGAGAAAGUCUUUUCCCAAAAUUUUAAUCUACAAAUUCAUAAAAGAAGACAUACUGGAGAGAAACCUUUCAAAUGUAAUCAGUGUGAAAAAGGCUUUUUAAAACAUAAUCAUCUCCAAAAGCAUAAAAGAAUACAUACUGGAGAAAAAAGCUGCAAAGGUGAUGAAUGA